AUGUCUUCUGGACUCAGACGAGGUUCACUUGGAUCGCGUGUGCAAUUUCUUUUGAAGUGUCUCGCCGAGUCCUCUCGACGUCCAUUACCGAAAAAGUGUCCAUUUCCCCUGGCCAAAUACCCACACCCCCCGACCAUUAUUAAUGUCAUAAUCUUUUGUCCUCUGAUACCAUUUUCACAUCAUGUUUGGCAUCGGCAGACCACUACGACACUUCCCCAUUGUUUAGAGCUCCACAUCGGGUACUUUUUCCUUUUAACGACCUUCAACGGCACUAAUGGGUCGGGAAAAAAGGCCCACGAGGCUAUAUCCAGUUUCCUGGAUCCAAAAACAUCGUAG